AUGCGUCGCGGUAUUGCAGCUUUGGCCGUCUGUGCCUCCGUUGUGAGCGCUCAGAGCACCACUUCCAUCGAUAUCGAUGCCAUCUCCGUCGCUGUCCCUACAACAGUCUUCAAUCUUCCUGUUGUCUACAUCACCGCUGAGGAUGCUCCGACCAUCACUGCCACCACUCUGGCUACCACUGCCAUUCCAUCUUCCGAUCCCUCGGCCACCAAUGUCUUUGACUCUCCUGCAGAUGUCACCGCAGCUCUGUCUUCCGCUUCUGUGAUCGCAGCUGCCACUUCGAGCGUUGCUGUCGAUAAGCGUGCUGCCACCACUUGUGUUCCUCAGCCCGCUGGCAUCAACUAUGCUGUUCAGCCUGACACUGCUGCUGGCUGGGUUGCCGACCUCAACCUGCCUGCUAGUGCAUCCGCUGCCAACAAGGCUGUGCCUACUGGCUACGUCUCCAGUUUCGUCGCUCUGAACGCGUCCAACUCGGCUGACAAUUACAUGGGAUUCUCUCUUAUGACAGCCUACGAUGUUCCUGGAUGUGCAGCCAAGUGCAAUGCUAUCUCUGGAUGCAACAGCUUCAAUAUCUACUUCGAGAGAGAUCCUAGCGUCAAUCCCGACGAUUCUUCAUGCUCUGAUCCUCCGACGACCGUACAGGUCAAGUGCGUUUUCUGGGGUGGCGCCGUGACCAAUGAUAACGCAAACAACUAUGGCCAAUGGAGAAACCAAUUCCAAGUUCUCAUUGCCGGCAGCAACGGAUAUAUCAACUCUGCCUAC